AAAGUUUAAGAUCCUCAAUCACCGCCAAAUUCACAUCUCAACCAAAUAUGACACACAAUUUCCUUCCAAAUCAUACAAACUUUUGAUAAAACAUCACACCAAUUUCUUCUACAAUCAUUUAGUUGAUUAAAAAGACUCAAUUUGAUUGCACACUAAUGAUUUUCUCAAGAAAACACGUUCAAAGUGUUAUUGCUUUGUUACUGAUUGCUUUGUUAUCAUUAACAUGGAACCUUAAUUCAGUUUCAGCCUCCUCAGGAGGUGUUGCGGGAGGAAGCUUCUUCGAUUCAGAUUCUUCCUCCUCUGAUUCAUUCACAAGUGACUCAGAUUCUGAACGUGUAAGGGAACAUCAUCAUAUGUAUGAUUCCCCUCCUCAUCAUGAUGGUGAUGAUAAGGUUGCAAGUGGUGGAAAUGGGCCAUUGGUGUUCUUCAUGAUAUUUGCAUUUGGUAUCUUUUUUGUUGGAUUUUGGAAUAAAGAUGCUAAUGGGAAUAGGAAUUCAGUUACUGUGCUCAAGCUUCAGGUUGGAAUGUUGGUUGAGGUGGGAAACACAAUACAAAGGGAUCUAGCUAGGAUUGCAGAAGCUGCUAAUACAUCCUCUCGAGAAGGUGUCUGCAAUUUAUUGAAAGAGACAAUGCAAACUCUGGAUCAACAUCAUGGUUUCUGUGUAGCAGGAUACUCAUCUGUGGAUCUUAAACGAAGCAAGGACGAUGGAGAAAAAUGCUAUAACCAACUAUCAAACGAAGAAAGGGCAAAAUUUGAUGAAGAGACAUUAGUUAACUUGACGGACAACCAUAAAACAAUUAUAAGAAGCCAGAGUUACGAUAAGAUUGGCAAUGAAAACUCCACGUUUGAUGUGAGAAAGAGUUCUGAAGAAGCAGAGAAAUUCGAAACAGAGAAACUUCUCGAUGGGCCGGACAACAAGUACAUAGUGAUAAUAUUAUUAGUAGCUGUUAAAGGAGCACAUAAGCUACCUGAUAUCAAUGGAGCUGAAGAUUUAAAGGAAGUCUUACCAAAGCUUAAAUCCCUUAUUUCCAGCAAAUAUUUAUUAGCUGGUGAAGUGUUAUGGACCCCACAGAAAGAGAAUGACACCGUCUCAGAUGCAAAGCUACUUAAAGACUACCUUCAGUUAGCUAAGUCUAUGAAAAUCUCUAAGAAACAUGAAUAAAAUAAGGAGGUAAUGCUUGGUUGCUAUUUUUGUUUUAAAUGUUUAGAGACACUUCUGGGGCCAACAUUGAACAUUAUCUUGGUCCAAAUGAAAUUGAUCUCAGAUCCCUUUAAUAAAAACAUGGAGUUCAGAUCU